AUGGCAGCAACCAUAAAGACUAGAGGUUUUUCAGAAGAUCUUUGGGAUAAAUUUGACGGAGUGGUCAAAAAAGUUGAUAAUGGUAAGGUUUUUACCAAUUUAAUGAGUAAAUUCCUUUUAAAACAACAACAAAUAGAAUCAUUAUACUCAAAGAGUAUGAUUAAAUUAUGUAAAGAUAAAUCAUUUGCACCAGAUAUGGAAAUAGGAACAAUUCGUGAUUCAUGGCAGAUCUAUCGUGAUCAAGUAGAGGCAAUCUCAGUGUUACACGAAGAGUUUUCAAAUAAAUUGGAAAAAAUAAUUGUCAGUGGAAUCGACAGUUAUCUUGAAGAUUCUAGAAAACAAAGAAAAGGUUUGGUAGCAGCCGGUGAGAAAUUAACAAAAGAUUUGAAAGCAGCAGAGAAUAAUGAAUCAAAAGCGAAAAUUAAUUAUGACAAGUUGAAAAAGAAACAAGAAGAGGCACACGAAGAACUCUCUAAACAACCACCUGGUGCAAAGGAACAGAAAGCAAGAAAGAAUCUAGAGUCGGCAACCAAAGCAGCCGACAAGGCAGACAAUGAGUACAGAGACAGCGUCAAGGUUUUGCAACAGAAUCAAUCAAAGUUUUAUCACGAUGAAAUGCCAAAGAUUCUCGACGACCUACAACGAUUUGAAGUCGAUCGUAUCGACAGAACCAAAGAUUGGCUAUUGGAUGUCAUAAAUAACGCUGAAACAAUGCCUGCACAAAUAUCUACCCAUAAUGAAAAUAUUAAAAAGAGUAUUGAAAGUAUAGAUAGAGAUAAAGAUAUUCAAUCAUUUAUUUUGGAAAAGAUGUCGGGUGCUCAGAAACCACCAGAAGCACAAUAUGAACCAUAUCAACCAUCGAACCAUUUAACUACUUUUUCCAUGGUGAUGUCACCCUCGAGUUCGCCCAUCCAACACGGUGUUGAUAUGAAUAGUUUGACUUCAUCACAACAGUUAUCACAGCAACAACUCGCACAACAACAGAUUUCCCAACAACAACUCGCACAACAACAACGUAGAAGUCUGAAUUCAUCGUCGUCCUCCACUCACUCUGGAAACGAUCCUCUUCCCGGACUGCCACCCAAACCUGCCAGUGCCAUGAAUAUGCAAUCCAACGACGAGACGGUGCGCGCACUCUACGAUUACAAUGCCACCGAGGAGAAUGAACUCUCGUUCAAGUCGACCAACGUCAUCAAAGUGAUAAUGCGUGACGAGAGUGGCUGGUGGCAAGGAAGUGUUGUUGGCGGUGACGGCAAGAUCGGAAUGUUCCCAAGCAACUUUGUGGAAUCGACAGACUCCCAAAAGAAAAAGGUAGACGUAUCCGGUGGAAAAUGCAAAGUUCUAUACGAUUACCACUCUGAUUGCGAAGGUGAGCUAGAGAUUAGAGAAGGUGAAACACUGACCAUUGAAUACGAAGAUGAAGGUUGGUUCUACGGAUCAAAUGAAAAAGGUUCAGCCGGUAGAUUCCCAAGCAACUAUGUACAAUUGAUAAAAGUUUAA